GUUCCAAGCGCAGCCUUCUACCAACCUUCUACCCCAUCAUUCUCAGCUAUGCAACAUUGCGACGAUUGCUUUGCCGGCGUCACUCACGAAGGAACUCCAACAGGUACGUUGGAACAGAUCGGAGGUGUCGACCGCUAUGUUGCUACUCCUGCGGGAGAUUAUCCGAAAAACAAAGUCAUCCUCCUCUUGACGGACGUGUUUGGUAUCCCGCUCGUUAACAACAAGACGAUCAUACCUGACCUCUUCUUUGGUGAUCCUAUACCAGCCCACGCCAUGGAACCUGCACAUCUGUUUGACAGGGAUGGGUGGGUAGCUGCGCAUGGUCCCGCUCAAACUCGUCCUCCUCUAGACAAGGUCACCGCCGCGUUGAAAGAAACUGGUGUUACUGACUUCGGUGCAAGUGGAUACUGUUUUGGAGCGCGUUAUGUUUUUGAUCUUGCUUUCGAUGGCAUCAUCUCCGUUUCCGUGAUAUCCCACCCAUCCCGGCUUGCGUUCCCUGAAGAUUUCGAGAAAUACGCCAACGAUGUUAAGGCGCCACUUCUUAUCAACAGCUGUGAGAUCGAUCAAGGAUUACCAUUGGAAAUCCACGAUAAAGUAGACCAAGUCUUCUCCAAGUUCGAAUCAGGAUAUAAGCGAGAGUACUUCGAGGGGUGCAAGCACGGAUUCGCAGUUAGAGGCGAUUUGAGUGACCCGAAGGUUAAGGCUGGGAAAGAAGGAUCAUUCAGGGCGGCUGCCAAAUGGUUUUUGGAGUAUUUGUAA